AUGGAUUCUUCUUCAUCUUCUUCUUCGACAAGUAAGAACGCCAAGUUGUCUGUGAGAAGCAAACCCAGUUUCAAGAAAUCGGCUUUCUCUGCCGCAAAGAAAAUCACGAACUUGGCCAUGAGAGAACAGACGAUUCUCAAGAAAGCUUCCGAGCUUUCGACUCUGUGCGAGAUCCAAGCGUGUGUAAUCCAUUACAGCCGCGACGGAGAACUCGUCAACACAUGGCCCGAGGAUCAGUCAAAGACUCAAAGAGAUCUCUCGAGGGUUCUCGAGGGUAAAGACGACAGCAAAUUCGAACAGAAAGUCAUGGAGAUUGAAGCUUCUUUGGAAGAUACUCUACGGAUAUUACAAGACAGGGCUGGUCUGGUUCUUGACCUUCAGGAUCAUCAGACCGGGCCAAAUUCGUUGAAUCAAUAUCCGAGCAGCAACUUCUCAAUUCCUCCUGCUGAUGUAACCACGUCUUGUUCGUUGAAUCAAGAUCCGAGCAGCAACUUCUCAAUUCCUCCUGCUGAUGUAACCACGUCUUAUUCGUUGAAUCAAGAUCCGAGCAGUAACUUCUCAAUUCCCCCUGCUGACUUAACCACGUCUUGUUCGUUGAAUCAAGAUCCGAGCAGCAACUUCUUAAUUCCCCCUGCUGAUUUAACCACGUCUUGUUCGUUGAAUCAAGAUCCGAGCAGCAACUUCUCAAUCCCUGCUGAUUUAACCACGUCUUGUUCGUUGAAUCAAGAUCCGAGCAACUUUUCAAUUCCUGCUGAUGUAACCUCGUUGAAUCAAUAUCCGAGCAACUUCUCACUUCUUUUGUAUAACCAUGACGAUGGUACUUUCACUCAAUUGCCGAACUCUGCUCCUCCAAGCUUUGAACAGCCUCCGAUUCCGUACUAUAAUCAAGACUCGAGUUACUUGGAUUUGUUACUUGCUGAGGAAGACAUGAGAAGCUGCAACAACUCUGUUCUUACACCAUCUAUCGGGUUCCCAACAAUGUUGAUCUCUUAG